AUCAAACCAACUGAUUGUCUACGAAAAAAAUCCUCAUGUGCGUGUGUAGUUAGAUUAGAUCAAUUUUAGAGCAAUUUUGUGUAAGAAACUUUAUAUGCGAUUUAAGGUUGAUUAAACAAGUAAUAAACGACUGGAGCUUGCAGAAAAAUACAGUUUGUAACCAAUUCCACCCAAUUAAGUUACAUACUUCACUUAGAUACAUUCUGCGUCUAUCGCAAUAUGGCCGUCCUGUAAUGAUUUGGUGGCCAGUAAUAUUAUUGUGAUUUCAUUGUAUGCUAAAUACCAAAAUGGAGCUUCGAGUCGGUAAUAAAUACCGACUGGGCCGUAAAAUCGGUUCGGGAUCUUUUGGAGACAUUUAUCUUGGAACAAAUAUUGUCACUAAAGAAGAAGUAGCUAUCAAAUUAGAAUGUAUAAAGACAAGGCAUCCACAAUUACACAUAGAGAGCAAGUUUUAUAAGCUUAUGCAAGGAGGAGUUGGUAUACCUGCAAUAAAAUGGUGUGGCUCGGAAGGAGAUUACAAUGUAAUGGUUAUGGAAUUGCUUGGACCUUCAUUGGAAGACCUUUUUAAUUUCUGCUCGCGCCGCUUCUCCCUCAAGACUGUUCUACUCCUUGCUGAUCAACUCAUUACCCGGAUUGAGGAUAUACAUUACAGGAACUUCAUUCAUAGGGAUAUAAAACCAGAUAACUUUCUUAUGGGCCUAGGUAAAAAAGGGAAUUUAGUGUACAUAAUAGAUUUUGGCUUAGCGAAAAAGUACAAAGAUGCACGCACAUUGCAACAUAUCCCAUACAGAGAAAACAAAAACUUAACAGGCACAGCGAGAUACGCAUCAAUAAACACACAUUUAGGCAUCGAACAAUCGCGCCGCGAUGAUCUGGAGUCAUUGGGCUAUGUACUCAUGUAUUUCAAUCGUGGAAGCCUUCCCUGGCAAGGGCUGAAAGCCGCUACCAAACGCCAGAAGUACGAGAGAAUAUCUGAAAAGAAACUGUCAACCCCUUUCGACGAACUUUGCAAAAAUCAUCCUAUCGAAUUUCAACUGUACCUUAAAUACUGCCGACGGCUACGUUUCGAGGAGAGACCUGACUACAGUCAUCUCCGUCAGUUGUUCCGCACACUGUUCCAUCGACAAGGGUUCACAUACGACUACGUGUUUGAUUGGAAUAUGCUCAAAUUCGGUGGUCAGCGCGGAAAUUAUCAAUCGGGUGGCAAUGACCGUACACUAAGACGUCAUGAACAAAAUCAAGAACAAGAAAACACGGCAGGCGCGGCGGGACAGCCGAGCACUACGGUGGCCGCCAUCUCGGAGUGGCGGUGAGGGAUCUUGGUGUCGUCGCAGUGUUAACACCACCACUAUGGAACCACGUUCGUAUUGUGACCUGCAUGUUCUAUUCGCCCGAACAAGCUAACACAGACUCGAUAUAUUCACGUAUUAAGACGGUGUGUUUUAACGACGACUUAUCAUGUCAUCGAACCGCGCAGUAGGAAUUGAGGCGCGAACGUCGUUGGACGUUAUCACGUUUUGAGAUAGAUUCUGUAUUAAAGUAAGGAAACAAUUUUGUAUGCAUCCGUGUUAACAUUCAUAUUAUUGUAAAUUAUUUAAUUGUAGGAUAUAAGUGUGAUGAUGAGUGGGCCGUGAAAUGAAACGUUAUAUUUGUUUGAAUGACACUCAUUUAAGCAUAGAGUAAUUAAUAGGCCUACCCAUGCAUCGUUGUACUUUAUGCUCAGUUAUAUUUAGAAGUAAGAUACAUAAUAUUUCAUAUUGGUAAGGUAAUACUAUAAUAUUGUCAAAAGGCCCGCAAAAUCUGUUGUGGGCCUUGACUAUGCAGAUAAGUUACUAAAAUCAACCUUUUGACAAGCUUAAGUAAUCUACUUGGUGAUAUACUUAAGUCUUAAUGAUUUUAUGUUCUUGGCACAAUAAAAAAAAAUGUUAUUGAUCUGGUAAUUUAACUCCAAAGCAUUUCAAAUAUUACUAACUUUGAUAAACGGUUACACGCGAUUACAUCAGAUCGUGUAGAACGCGAGGCAGUAAAUUACAUGGUCCAUGGUUAUCUUCUAAAAGUAUUCAAUUUUUGCCAACCAAAUGAGUCGCUUAGAGACACUUUGCUUGAAAAAUAGUCUGUCAUACUUAACACAAACUUUUUUCUACAAUUUUAAGAACAUUUUGGAGUUUGUAUUUUUAAAAUGUAAUGUGGCAAAUUAGGCUUCCUACAUAAUUAUAAUCAGAUGUUGACCUGAGACGUCCAGUGAUGAUAUUUAAAAUGGACAAACUCAACCAGAUUGGCCAAUAAUGUUCAUAUUGUGGAUUCUGCUGGCUCUUUGUUGUUUCUAAAAAAAUAAUAAUUCAAUCAAUCAUAUUUUGUGCAAUAUAGUAUUUUUUGUUUUAGUUAUUUUGCUAUAAGAUAAUAGCAUUAUGUUGAUUAUAGCAUUUUGUCUUCCAAGUUGAGUUAAAAUAUAUUAAUCACAUUCUUGUUUUGUGCUGAAAGUAAUUAUAAGUAUGUGACGUACAGGGCAUCUGUCAAUGGUCUGAAUGGAAUGGUCUUGUGUAAUAUUUUCAUUUUCAAUAGUACUGAUGAUUUGUUAGGCCAUUCCUGUAAUCCCUUAUUGUACCUCUGUUCGGAUAGACGGCCUAAAGUGGUAAUGUUAAUUCUUUACAAUUUAUGUCCAGCCACUGCCAUAGUUUAAUCUAGGUAAGUUUCAAAAACAUAAUUGGCCCAUGAAUACACUGCAUCGAUUAAUUGUAAACAAUGUUUGUUUGUCUUUUCUUUUGUAAAAUAUUCCUUUCACUUUAAUAAUAAUAAUCUUUAUUUUGA